CGAAAGACAAGAGAAAACUCUUUUCCUCCUUGCAAAGCGGGUCCUCUUUGGAUUUGGACGAACCCUUAGACGAAGAAGUUAGGAGCAGUGUAGUCCGCGACGAACAGCUGUUUCAAGACGUCGAAGAACUUCAACAUCAGCACCAGGAAGCAACGUCAUCUCCUGCUGAAGAACAAGAAGUAGAAGUAGAUGAAGAUAAAAAUAUGGAAGAAGUAGCGGCUACAGUACUAGCCCAACCUCAUCAAGGUCAACAAGGAGAUGUAGA